AUGUUGUUGUGCCACUGCGUUUCGGCCUUGUGCGUUGCCAUGUGGACGGUCCCUCCGCCUUCUGGGAUGAAAGGCAAAACUUUCCACAUGGGGUUAAGGAAUAGACCCCUGUAUGAAGAAAAAGGGGAAGGCAGCAAGCCCUUUUUAUGUCCAACUUCCAAGACCCACGUUGCCAAAGCUGCGGCUGAAACGGAGAAACCACGCAGAAAACCACUCCCCCGGCCGUUUCAUAUCAAAUUAAGAAAAAACAAGCUUGCAGCCCGAGGGAUUCGAAAAAACGGAAAACGCCAGAAAGCCCAGAGGGCAGGGAAUAAAUAUUCUUGCCGACUUUUUCGGCCACGCCAUGCGAUAACAUGUUUUCUGGGGCUCCCUUUAAUUUGCAGAGGCAAACGCGCCACGAAAUUUAAAAGCGCGAACCAUAUCGCCCAUGGCUUUGUCUGGGGGGUGGGCGUUGGGUUUUCGCCGCGCCGACCCAAAGGAGCUUUACCCGCGCCAACGCCCGCCGAAAAAAAAAAAAAAAAAAAACCAACCCUGCAAUGCACGCCAAGGUUCAAAACAGCAGAGGUCCCGGUUCGCUCUGUGGAAACGUGCUUUUUGCUACGGAAAUUUCAUCUGGCGGUGCGGUGUCCCAACGGGUGA